AGAGUGCGCCAUGGCACCUACUCCGGUCGUUGGCUACACCACUGCCAGAGGCCUGGCCCAGAGCAUCCGCAACCUGCUGGUGUACAAGGGCGUGCACUUCGAGGACAAGCGCUACGAGUUCGGACCGGCGCCCACGUACGAGAAGCUCGGUUGGGCCGCCGACAGUGCCUCGCUGGGCUUCACGUUCCCCAACCUGCCGUACUACAUCGAUGGCGACGUACGGCUCACGCAGUCCCUAGCCAUUCUCCGGUACCUGGGCAAGAAGCACGGUCUCGACGCCAGGAGUGACCAGGAGGCUGCGGAACUGUGGCUCAUGGAGCAGCAGGCCAACGACCUGCUCUGGGCUCUCGUCGUGACCGCCAUGAACCCGAACGCGACCGAGGCCCGCAAGAGCCAGGAGAAGAGGCUGGCCGACUCGCUGCCCCGCUGGCAGGAGCUGCUGAAGAAGCGCCGCUGGGCCCUCGGCAACACGCUCACCUACGUUGACUUCCUGCUCUACGAGGCGCUCGACUGGAACCGCCAGUUCGCGCCGGACGCGUUCGCCAACCGACCCGAGCUGCUGGACUACCUGCGCCGCUUCGAGCAGCUGCCAAACCUGAAGGAGUACUUCGCCUCCGACAAAUACGUCAAGUGGCCGAUCAUGGCGCCUUACAUGUUUUGGGGACACAAAUAAAGUGCGUUCAGCGGUUGACCGCGUCUACGAAACA